GAGGAGAGGGAGGGAGGGUGAAGUCACGUGACCCGUCGCCAUGAUGCAUUCAGAGAGGGCCCACUGCGCGCUCUUAUUUCUCAAUUUCCACCAUGUAGGAGGCCAAUAGAUACCAGGCAGCGAGGUAGCCAAGAGAAGCAAGGAGGAGGAGGCGAGGCGAGGCACUGGUUGGGCCAUCCCUGCAGUGCCACAGCAACCACAGCAGUGCCAGUAAACCCCUGCCACAGCUAUGAAUGGGGACACUGGCGACGCUACCAGUACCCUCCCUGGCACCACCACCACCACCGCCACCACCACCCCCGUUAGACGCUCAGCAAGGACACGCAAACCUAACUCACGAUUUGCCGAUGACGAGGUGGACAGUUGCUUCAAGAAGAUUGUCUCUGGGUUAGCGUCCCCUGAGUGCACCUCCGCCCCCUCCCCAGGCCGCCCCAGGAAGGCCACUGCGCGUAGGAAGGAUAGCAGGAGUGAGGAGGCGGAGGACAGGAGUGACAGGGGGAGGAAGGAUGCUAAGGAGGAUGAGGAGGUGGAGGAGCGUGGGAGGAAACUGAGUGAGGACUGUGAGGACAAGAGUGAACGCAAGAGGAAGGAGAGGAGUGAGGAGGUGGAGGAGAGGGGUGAUAGAAGUGAGGUGGGGAAAAAAGCCAGUCAGAAUGAGGAGAGGAGCGAAGAAGACUCAGACGAAAGAGGUGAGAGGAGGAAAGAGGAUGUGGAGGAGAAGAGGGAGAAGAGACGCAGGAAAGACAGCCAGGGAGACGAGAGUGUGGAGAGGAAAGACAAACCCUCCUUAGCAGACAAGUCCCCCUCCCAUGCCCUCCCUAAUGGACUGGAGGGAGGACGGGAGGCUGGCGAGGAGUGCACUAGGAUGACAAGAAGUGGUAGACCAGCGGAGGAUUCACGAAGGAAGACCAGGAAGAGAGGGAAGGGGAAGGAGGAGCAGCAGGGGGAGCAGGAGGAGCAGGAACCACUAGAACCAAUAUCUGAAACUUCACCUCUAGAAUUGACAAACCAAGAUUUUAAAACAACAGAUAGAGAAGAUUGUGUCAGAGGUGCAGCACACACCACACCUGACCCAUUACCUGCCUGUGAUGGUGAGGAGGCUGUGGAGAGACUGGGGCAGGCUGAGAAGGUAGAGGGUAGUGAGAAGGAUGUAGCACUCUCACACACACCUACAGAGAUCCUGCACCCUGCCGGGAAGCCUCAGCAGGGAGUCACAAGCCAGGAUGGUGUGGGCAGUUCCAUAUCAUCAUCAUCAUCAUCAUCACCGGAAUCCACUGUCAUCACUAACGGUUCUUUGAACACAACCUCCACAUCCACUUCUCUAGACAUCACCACCACUAUCACCACUACCACCACCACUGCCACCAGCUCCACCCCUACCACCACCGCCAUCACCACCAUCACCGCCAUCGCCAUCCCCACCACCAUCACCACACACUCACCAAAGCCUCCCACACCCCCUGUAGAGGUGCCCACUGAUCCCAGACUACAGAAGGGGACAAGGCCUUCCCCUGUGGGACUCCUGGGGGGGCAAGGGGGGUCCCAAAUACAUGGUGGCAUUAAUACUAGUACAUCCCCUGCCUUGUCUAUCCCUCCCCUGCCGACAGACACUGGGAAGGAGGGAGAGGGAUCCAGGGGCAGCCCACAGGGGAGUAUAGGCCAGGAGAUGAAGAAAAUAUUGUGUGAGAAUAUUCCUCUUCCUCCCGACCUCUAUGCAUCUCCCAAGCACAGCAAGGUGGAGGAGCCGAGGAGAGCAGGGGGGAAGAGGGAUCGGAGCGACAAGGAGGAAGGUACAAGUGAACCUCAGAAGGUGGAGGAAAAGGAGGAGGAAGUGCCAAGCUCCCCAGCAUCGAAACGGAGGAAAGAAAUGGACAUGGGGAGGAAAGACAAGGCAGAGGAGAGCAAGGAGGAGGAAACAAAGAGGAAGAGACUCAUGGAUGCCAAGGAGGAGGACAAGAGGAAGCGGAGAAAAGUGGAGGAGAUGGAGGAGAAGGAGGAAAACACACCUGAGAUUCAUAAGGAAACACCUGCCUCACCUCCCUGUACUGACACAGUUAGACCCCCUGCCCCAGUCCCUGUCCCUGUCCCUGUCCCACCCCCUGAACAAGCCCCUGUCCCACCACCUGCCCCACCACCUGCCAUAGCCCCAGUCCCUGCCACAGCCCCUCCCCUUCCACCCCUGCCCAGGAAACCUCCAGGAAGUACCCCACAAAAUUUGCCGAAGGCUAGAAGAGAGUCUAGAGAUUCAAGAGACUCCCUUUCCUCCCCCAGACAUGACCGAGAGAGUCUGAAGGAGAAAGAUUCACCUAAACGCAACAGAGAGUCCUUACGAAACAAAAUCACGACCCUAGACGUCCCUAGAGACUCAAAGGACCUGAGGGGAGGCAAGGAGUCCUACAGAGAUUCUGUAAACUCAUUCAAAUGUGACACAAACUCAGGAAAGAGUGAGGAGACUGCCAAGGAAGGGUGCCAGAAGGGGUGUGAGGGGGAUAAAAGAGUGUUAGCUGAGUCAGGGAGGAACACGAGGGUGAGGGAGGAGUGUGCCAAGAGUGAGAAGGGUGCGGUGAAGUGCGAGAGAGAGCCGGUGAAGGGAAGGGAUGGUGGUAAGAGUGACAGAGAGGCGCUUAAGCUUAAAGAUGACCUCCCAAAGAGUUUGAAGAGUGAGAGAGACACAGUGAAGAGCGAGAAGGACAAGAAUGGCAAGGGUGAGAAGGAGGCGAGUAAGAGUGAGAGGAGCACUGCUAAGGGUAACAAGAGUGAGAAGGACACAGCCAGGAAUAGAGAAGAGUCAAACAAGAGUAACAGAAGCGAGAGGGACACGAGAAGCAAAGACGAAGGCAGUAAGGGUGGAAGAGGCGAACGGGAGGGAAGCAAGACCGAGAAAGACGCCAUUAAAACUGAGAAAGACACUGGGGAAAAGAACCAGGAGGAAAUACAAGGUGACGAACACACAUUACCAAGCCUCUUCCCAACACAGGAAUCAGACAUCACUGGCACUGGCAUGGGGGUGUUCCUGGGGUUGUCAGCCACCUCCACCACUGCCAUUCCCUUCCUGGAAGACACCCCAGUCAGUGGUGCCUCAGAGGAGAUCCCCGGCCUGUCCAUCCUUGCCGCCAGUGACAGCCCACGCCCCAGACUGCCGCCAAAGAAGGAACAGUCUCACAGGAGCUGGUUCACCAUUGGAUCAGGCCGCAGGAACCAGGCAGAACGAAUGGAGGAGGAGAAGAAGGAGGAAAAGGAAGAGAAGGACAUAUUGCCACUGGAGAAGGAGGAGGUAGAAAUAUCCAUGAAGGAAGAGGAGGAGAAGAAGCCAACGGAGGAGGAUGAGGCACAGAAGCGGAGGGAAGCGGAGGAGAGGGAUGCAAGGAACCGUGCCGUGGUGGAUGAGCGGCUGAAGAGUUUCAUGCCGCUGCAGGAGAACGUGUACAUCGGGGAACGGAAGAGGACCAAGCGGAACAAGGAGGUGCGGCGGAUGGUAUGCGACUGCUCCCUCACCAAGGAGGAGAUGGAGCGCGGCGAGGUGGGCUGCGGCGACGAUUGCCUCAACAGACUCCUCAUGAUUGAGUGUGGGUCGAGGUGUCCGCUGGGUGACCACUGCAUCAACAAACGCUUCCUGAACCGCCAGUAUGGAGACGUGGAGGUGUUCAAUGCCGAGGAGAAGGGCUGCGGCCUCCGUGCUCGCUCAGAUAUGCCUCCCGGCACAUUCAUCAUGGAAUACGUGGGCGAGGUGUUUGACACGCGGGAGUUCAAGAGGCGACGGAAGGAGUAUGCCCGGGACAUGAGGGACCAUUUUUACUUCAUGGCCCUCAAGUCGGACCAGCUGAUUGAUGCCACCAGGAUGGGCAACAUAUCGAGGUUUAUCAAUCACUCCUGCGACCCCAAUGCUGAGACACAGAAGUGGACUGUGAAUGGGGACUUGAGGAUUGGGUUCUUCUCCAAGCGGUUCAUUGCUGCUGGUGAAGAGAUCAACUUUGACUACAGACUGGAGAGAUACGGCCGGGAGCCCCAGCAGUGCUACUGCGGUGCAUCCAUCUGCCGGGGGUGGCUCGGCGAGGCUCCUGAUGAACAGACUAAGGAGGAGAAGGAUGAGGCGCGCAGGAAAGAAGAGAAGGACAGGAGAAAGAGAGAGGAGAGGAGAGCCUUCUUUGAGGAUAUUGAUUUGGAGGAGGAGAUAGAGAAGCUCAACUCCCACAAGCUAAGGAACCGUCAGGACACACUCAACCUGUCACGGCUCAUGGUGCGUGCCGAGGACUUCACCUCCCGCGUGUUGCUCCUCCAGCUGCUGCAGACUGGGGAGCCGGCGUGUCGAAGGCUGUUCCUCGACUACCAUGGCCUCAAGGUGCUUUGGUCCUGGAUGGCAGAUCUUGGACUCUCCCAACAGCACACUAUGUUGAAAUUGGAGAUCCUGCAAACUCUGGAAGUGCUGCCCAUCACCAACAAGACCCAGCUCACUGACAGCCGCGUUCUGUCCCUAGUGGAGCGGUGGAGCGGUCAGGCAGGAUACACCCCCUCCUCCACCUCCUCCUGCAGCCUCUCGCCCCCUCCGCCGCCCCCUCCAAAGGCUGACGAGCCCUCCCUGCCUCCACCUGCUGUGAGCCUUGCCACAGAAACAGACCCCAACAAGAAGUCAAGUGACACCAGCGAGGAGUCAGACAGUGAGACAGACCCAAAGCUCGCCAUUGAGGCCUCCAGCGCCGAUGACAGCAGCAUGGACUCCGAGGUGGACAACCCAAAGGCGAGCGUGGAGGAGGAGAGCAGUGAUUCCAAUGAUGCCAAGGAUGCUGCAGCUGCUACCACCACCACUGAGGAUAAGCUGAGGGUGGAGAGGCUGUCUGAUGAGGAGAAGGAAGCACAGGAGUUACUGGAGCUUCAUAAAACGAUGGUUGCACUCGCCAAGAAGCUUCUGGAUGCGUGGAAGAAUCUUAAAGAAUUCUUCCGCAUCCCUAAGAAGGAGCGGAUAGAGAUGAUGAAGGAGCAUGAGAGGGAGGUGGACCGUGGCUACAAGGAGUACCUUGACCAGGCCUCUGAGAGUGACCGCGACUCAGAACGCAGGGACAAGGAUAGGGACAGGUAUAACAGACGUGACCACCACUACGAUCGGCGGCGUAGGUCACCAGACAGAGACAAGGAGCGGUACUCAAGGGGACGUGGGAUCUCCAGGGAGGACCGCUCAUCAGACUCCCCCAGGAUGUCUAAGGAGCAGCGCCGUCAACUGUUUGAACUCAAGGUUCAGCAGCAGGAGGAGGAGGCCAAGCAGAGGAAAAUGCAGGAGGAGAUGUGGACGAUGCACGUGGACCGGUGCCGCCUGCUGGGCCACGACCCCUACCUCACCCCCAUCUUUGACCCCACAUACCAGUACUUCUGGGACCCUGUGGCUGCCAACUGGCAGCCCUACACUGGCUCAGUGUUUGUGCCGGCAGACCCCAAUCUGCCGGUGCCGGCGGGCUACGGCCUCACCAAGGGCGAGGGUGAGGGUUCCCCACUGACACUGAUGGUGCCUGGGGGCCGCAGUCACCUGCCAGGGGGCAGGGAUCCCCCGGGGCUGGGUCAGGGUGGUCCCAAUGACCCCCUUAACCCCGCCAACAUUCCACUACCAGGUGAGGUGCCGGCACUGGCCACCGGCUCCCCCUCGCAGGGCCAGGAGGGCACGCCGCCUCACGGCACCAAGCUGCUAUCCAUCCCGCUGCCGGGUGAGGUGGCUGACGGGGAGGGCGCGGUAGUGGAGGGCAACGACACACCCGGAGCCAUCACCGUGCACCUGCCGCCACGCUGGCGUCUGGCGCGGGAUGCUACUGGCCAUGUCUACUUCUACCACGUCAAGACGCGGGUCUCCCAGUGGGAGCCGCCAGCCAUGCUCAACUCCGCCUUGGGCUCAGACUCUUCCUCAGAAUCAUCUUCAGAUUCAGACUCAGACUCCAGCAGCACCACUGAUAGUGAAGACUUCUCCAGUGAGGAGGAGGAGGAGGAAGAGGAGGAGGCAGUGGCAGUGACCACUGAGGUCUCUGAUGAGAAGAUGAUCCGGCGGCCAAAGGGCACCAAGCGGCGGCGCUCCGAGGCACUGGUGCAGGAGAGGGUCAUCAGUCCAAUCAUGGAGGUGGACAAGGAGGCGGCAAGGAGGGAGCGCAGGGAGGCCAAGGAGAGGGCGAGGGAGGAGGCACGGCAGGAGAGGCAGGAGGAGAGGAACACAAGGGGACAGAAGGAGGACCAGUCACAGUCACAGCCUCAGCAGCAGCAGCAGCAGCAGCAGCAGCAGCAGCAGCAGCAGCAGCAGACAGAGGGUGUGGAGGGUGCGGCGGCAGUGACAGCAACAGCAUCCGCACCCGUGGAGAGGGACAGGGAGAGGGACAGAGAGAGGGAGAGGAGGUCAGAGAGACACGAGGCAAGAGCCAAGAGAGAGAAGGUAAAGAGCAAGGAGCGCGCUGCCACAGCCAUCGCUGACAACAGUGAUGCAGCACGUAAAAUCAAGGACGCCUUUCGAUCCAAGAUGGCCACCUUUAUUGUGUCGGUGCUCAACCCGUAUCGCCGAGGGGAUUGCCGGGAGGGGAAGAUCACCUGUACAGAGGAUUUCAAGUACCUGGCGCGCAAGCUGACUCACUUCGUCAUGGUGAAGGAACUGAAGCAGCUGCACAGCAUUGAGGCACUUGAGUGCAGCGACAGCGUCAAACACAAGACACGGGACUUUGUGAGGAAAUACAUGAGCAAGUACGGCUCGGUGUUCAAGAGAGAUCCCAACGACACCAAAGAGUACUGAGUGAGUGCAGAGUGCCGAGUCUGCCCGGCCAGCUCGCUAAGUCACAACAUGGGAGUGAACUGUGAUGGUGGUGGUGUUGAUGGUGACACUGCAGUCAGCAUUUCAUGGCUGGUCUAGGAGGCAGCACUGUUGUCAGCCAGCAUACAUGUGACUGCUGGGUGAAAAACAUGAGUGUGAUGUGUGGUGAUGGUCAUUCCUGCUGCCCUCCGCGAGUUUGACAAAGGUUAGGAAAUACACGCUGGAAACCCAAACAGCUGUGUUUUGUUUGCUUCUCCCUAGGAUGUGAAGUGACAGUGAUGGGCUGAACUGUGGCUCAGUGUGACAGGCAGCCAAAGAACAUAUCUAGCAUGGGCACAGAGAGGACUGGCUAUCCCUCAUGGACAUUGUGUUAGGACAGUGCAAAGUGAGGCCAGUUAGUGAAGAACGUGUGUGUGUGUGUGUGUGUGUGUGUGUGUGUGUGUGUGUGUGUGUGUGUGUGUGUGUGUGGCCCUCAAACAGUUAGGAGUGCCUUGAGGUGAGGGAAUGGUGUGGGAGGUGCAAUGAUGGUGGUGUGCAAGGAAGGGAUGCAUGGCAGGGUGUGGCAGUGCUGGUACAAAGCAAACAAACACUGCACUUCACAGCACUUGGUAUCUCGGACAGACGGAGCACUCCAGCUUGUCAGUUAUUUAUUCUGUUGUUCAUUUAUACCAGUGGGGAGCGAGGAGGGGAGCGUGAGUGUUGUAUAGUGUUUACUGACCUGCCUGACGUCCUGUAUAGUAAACGUAAGAGCUGCUUAUUUCGUGACUCAGGAUUGUAUGUGAUGCAAUCAGGAAUCCUUCUCUGACAUAGCAACACUUGCGGGAAUAUUUUGUUAACUGUUUUAACAUUUUGUAAUUGAACUUAUGAGGGACGGAUACGAAUCGGUCGGCCGUGCGUGAUUUAAAGCAGAGUAACAGAGUAGUGUAAAUGGAACCACUGAUGAGACGUGACUUUUUUAAAACCUUGUCGUGAGUGUCGGUGUGAGGGAGGAGCAACACAAGUCCGCAUAUAGUAUAAAUUCACUCUGGGUGUUCGACUUUAUGUUAAGGAGUUUUCUGUAGAUGUUGUUGUUAAAUGUACAUAAUUUUAUGGAUGAAAAUUAAAAAAGAAAUAAUGCC